CCCAUGCAUUAUAGUAUACUUGUUUCAUUAUCUUUCUCGUUCUCCAACAUCACUAUCCCUUCCCCAUUCCUUGUUCCUACCUACCUACUCACUACUUAGUUCAAUUUGUCUCCCACAUUUCCAUACUAUACCAAAUCACUAAGAUAUAUCACAUCACAUAUACAUCCAAAACUAUAGUAUAUACUUGUUUUCUAGGUUUCACUUGUAGGCUUAAACUUUAUUAAUUUUAUCAAGAUGUCUAGUAGGAGGUCACGGUCAAGGCAAACAAGUAGUUCAAGGAAUAUCACUGAUGAUCAGAUCCAUGAUCUUGUCUCCAAGUUGCAGCAACUUCUUCCUGAGAUUCGCAACCGGAGCUCCGACAAGGUUUCAGCUUCGAGGACAUUGCAGGAAACUUGCAACUAUAUUAGAAACUUGCACAGAGAAGUGGACGAUCUAAGCGAGCGUUUGUCUGAGCUAUUAGCUACAACAGACACAGCACAAGCAGCAAUAAUUAGAAAUUUACUUAUGCAAUAGAUUUCUCAUCAUGUUUCAUUAAUUAUUCUUAGUUAGUAUGUACUUCAGUAUUUUCUUCUUCAUUUUCGUGCUUCACUUCUUUUGUAUUUCCUAAUUUCAUCCACUUAAUGCAAGUUUUUCUAGUUUAAUUUAAA